AUGGCUUCCUCAUCCUUUCGUGACUCGAUGAACUCGCUGGGUUGGAGCCGCAGAGAGCCCGCCGCUAUGCCAACGACAUCCAACUCCUCGACCCCGUUCCUUGGCAAACUACAAUCGCUCAAUCCAUUUGGCCAAGGAGGCUAUGUCAGACUGCCUUUGUACGAGAACGAGGCACCAGGUGCUCCUCUGCCUGCCCGCACCCGUCGCGAAGAAGAAGAAGGGUGGUUUGCGCUUAGCCGUUGGGACCGCUUGCUCGUGUUUGGUGCACUCAACCUCGCCGCAAUCGCCCUUUUUGUCGUAUGUUUCACUCUGAUGCCAGUCUUGACCCUGCGGCCCAGAAAGUUUGCAAUCCUAUGGUCGAUGGCUUCAGCUCUCUUCCUCAGCUCCUGGGCUGUUAUGAUGGGCCCAUACACAUACCUCAAGCACCUGCUUUCGACCGAGCGUUUGCCCUUCACUGGUACCUAUUUCGGUUCCAUCGCGAUGACCUUGUACUUUGCUGUCGGCCUCCAAAAUACUCUUCUGACCUUGAUAUCCUCUAUCAUUCAACUCGUAUGUCUGGUGUGGUAUUUGGUAAGCUAUUUCCCGAUGGGCUCCACCGGUCUGCGCUUCGCCGCCAGGUUUGGAGGCAGCCGCAUUACGGCUUGGAUGAACGAGUAG